GUGAUCAUUCCUAACGCUUAGCAUUGCUUUCAGAAUACAUGAAUAUAUUUGGAAUAGCAACUUAGUCGUUUUGGAUCAGAUAGAAUUGAGGAAUAACUGACAGCCAAACAAGAUCUGUAUACUGUUUCAUGGAUAGAUAUUACACUUGCUGACUUGCAUAUUACAUAGCAACAUGCUGAUAUGCUAUUCCUGUCUUUAUGACCCCAAAUCAAAAUGUCUGGAAAACUUUUUUUAACUCAUAUUUAUUCAUUGCUGGUAGCUUAAUAUCUAGUGACAUAGGUGAUACCAAGAAUCGAGAAUGUUUGCAAACGAAGUCAAAACUCUCAAGGAUAAUUUCAAAUCUGGGAAGACCAGAUCAGCAGGAUGGAGAAAGACUCAACUGUUGGCUCUUCGGAGAAUGUUACGAGAAGCUAAGAAAGAACUCUGUGAUGCUGUGUAUCAAGAUCUUCACAAAAAUCCAGCGGAAACUGAUAUAAUGGAAAUAAUGGGGAUUCAUAAUGAGAUUGUUCGAAUGUUAGGGUGUAUAGAUGAACAGGUCAAACCUCAAAAAUGUUCUAAAAGCUUAUUGGCUAUUUUGAAUACAGUGCAUAUCAGGAAAGAGCCUCUGGGUGUGUGUUUAAUCAUAGGGGCUUGGAAUUAUCCUUUGCUAUUGUCUUUGCAGCCCAUGGCUGGUGCAAUCGCUGCAGGAAAUUGUAUUCUCUUGAAGCCGUCUGAACUAACUUCUGCAACCGCAGGUUUAUUGCAUAAAUUAAUUCCUUUAUACCUGGAUCCUGAUUGUUAUAAAGUAGUCAUGGCUGGACCGAAGGAAUCUAGUGAUCUGAUCAACAAUCAUAAGUUUGACUUAAUUUUUUAUACAGGUGGAUGCCAUGUAGGCAAAUUAGUUAUGCAAGCCGCCGCAAAAACCUUGACGCCUGUUAUUCUCGAACUUGGAGGAAAAAAUCCCUGUGUUGUUGACAAGAGUUGCGAUCUCGAAUCUGCUGCUCGUCGAAUUGCUUGGGGAAAGUGGACGAAUUGUGGUCAGAUUUGUGUAGCUCCUGACUAUAUUCUAUGCGAACAGCAUAUGGUAAGACCACUAAUUCAGAAGUUGAAACAAUUCAUUGAGGAGUAUUUUGGGGAAGAUCCUCGGAAAUCAUCAAGCUUUUGUCGAAUUGUCAAUGAACGACAUGUAAAACGCCUUGAAGGGCUUCUAGAGGGUGUUGAUGUUGUUUAUGGCGGAGUCGUAGAUGAAAAGGAAAAAUACAUUUCUCCAACAAUAGUAACAAAUAUAAAAAAGGAUGCUCCAAUUCGCAAGGAAGAAAUUUUUGGUCCCAUUUUACCUAUUUUUACAGUGGAAGACGUUGAUGAUGCCAUCAGAGUAAUAAACAACGGAGAAAAAUCUCUGCAGAUGUCAAUCUUUGCCAGAGAUCGACGUGUGAUAAAUAAAAUUAUCGCUGAAACUUCAAGCGGAGGAGUGACGGUAAAUGAACUUUUGAUGCAGCAUAAUGAGGUUGAAUUACCUUUUGGAGGUGUUGGUGGUAGCGGGAUGGGAAUGUAUCAUGGUAAAUUUUCAUUCGAUUCAUUUUGUCAUCAACGUUCCUAUUAUGAAUGUGGAACACCAGAAAUGAUUAACAGAUUGCGAUACCCACCCUAUACUGAUUGGCAGCAUUCAAUUCUUGGUUUUGUAGGAUUCAAAAAAGGUCCAGUUCCUGCUGCAGUGAAGUUUGUCUUCAAGUUAUUCUUGCUGGCUGCAUUUGGAGCUUUGGUUUCAUACUUUUAUGGCUCAAUGUAGUAAAUAACCCGCAGCAUUGUUAUAUCAAGACCGAAUGUUAUUUUGUUCAUAAACUAUUCUAUAAUAAGCCUUAUUCAUUUUAUCGACUGGUAGUCUGGUAUUGAUCAAUUAUUAUCCAAACGUUUGUGGUUCUGCUUUAUUAUGCAAUAUAAAACAAACCAAUAAAUAAAUAUGUUAUAUCAUUUCUAUAGUGGUCAAUUGAUCAAAUAUAUUAGUAUUCAGUAAAGCCAAUCCUGCAUGGCAUCGAACUCCUUUUAAAAUAUGUACUUCUCCAUUGGCUAUUCAUCCUUCAAAGCAAUUUAGUUGCGUGUGCCUUUCAUACAAAUAUGAGAAAUUCGUGCAUGAUAAAUUGCAUCUUACCAUACCAAAUAAUUUGCCUUUUUCAAUAAUGCAUGUAUGCAUCAAAGUCACAUGAUUUGUAAUAUUGUAUAAAAGAUCAUUAAAAUAUGUAACAAGUAUUUAUUUCCCAUAGUCUAUAGUUUCGUUUCAUCAUUGCAUCAUUGUUAUUUGUCUUGAUUUGAAUUCAACGAAUUAAUUGCAUUGGAAUUAUGUAUUUUUAUAAAAUAACCUGUUUUCAACUAAGUAUCAGUCAUGAUAUCACCUAUAUUAACGUUCUGCAAAAAUUUGUUGGUAUUCUGGAUAUCUGUCGUCAUUUUAUAUUUUCUGAUUUUCAAAUGGUUUUAUGGUUUUUUUAUGGUGAAUGGUUUUUUAAUUUAAAUGGUGUUGGUGUUAAGGAGAGGUUUUUCAUUCCAUUUAAUCAUAUUAUACUCAGGAACAUAUUUUUUCGUAUUCAACUCUUGCCAUAUGAAUCAUGUUCCAAAAGCAUAUACCCGUAAUUUAUAUUCUGACUUGGAGUAUUUUUUAGGUAAAUUUUCAUUAGAAACACACGCACUCAUAUGCUACUGCUUAGCCUGUAAGUUAAAUGUGGUGAUUAUUAUGUGCGAAUAAAUAACUGGAGUUACUGUAUUUUAUAUGCUACUCUCUACGCUAUAAUUUUUUAUAGUCUCGGUAGAUCCUAGCACCUUAAUUGUAACCCGUCCAUAACUUUGCUCUCUUUAUUUCCGUGUGAGUGCGAGCGAUCUUUCUUUCAGAACAUUUCUUAAAAAAAUAAUCUACACAGGUGUGAUCCGGUCAUGGCUUUCUCCACCAACUAUAUCCACAUGUAUAGUCAUCAAUUUCCAUACCUAACCUGGAUUUUAAGCCAAAUUGUAUGGUUUGCCCUCUUUGCAGAACAAAGUUUAAUUUUUUAUCUACAUUGAAAAUUAUACAUACCAAAUACUAUAAUCCUGUUAAAAUUAUGCCCAAAUUUCAUUUUUCAAGAAGUAUUUUCAAAUAUUGACGUAAAGUUUGAACUUCCUGUGUAUUCAACAUGAGAUUAUUUAGAGUGUAUACAUAUAAUGCUGUUUUUUUUUUUUAUAAAAACAUUUGUGAUUAUCAUAUUAAUGAUAUGUACCAUAAUUGUUCUUAUCUUGAAAAAAGUACUUAAACAUCUAUGCCACGAUACCAGACAGUUUUUUUCUACUGAAGUGCAUCUUUUUCCAUGAUAAUAAAAGUUGUAUUAUAUGAUUAAUUGAUAUUGCAAACAAUUUGAUUAAUUCAGAGAAGAUAAAAAUUAACGUAGCCAUUCCCACGAGUUCACCAAAAUUUUAGACACUCAUUUAUGUGUAUAUAUAAUAUUUAACGGUAUAACCUUUUUUUAAGA